AUGACUUCUAUUCUUCCACAGUACGAGGUCGAGAAAGACUUGGAAAAGCAAGCGUGUCGCAGCCUUGCUUCGCCGACAGAGAGUCGCAGUCCGACACUACACGAGAAUCGACAUUCGGUGCGAGAGCUCACUGACGAAGAGUUCAAACGAGAAAUCAAACCUACAAUCACAAUCCCUCUGGGAGAGUACCCACGAGGCUACCCAUUACAGGCAGCCUUCCAGUCCAGUGAGCCCAGUUGGUCGAUCUAUCGAGCAUUUGGAUACCUACAUUCACGUGUCAUCCUGGAGUUGCAAGAUGAGCUUCGGGAAUUAGAGAAACGACUCAAAGAUCUGGAUACAAUUCAUUCUUCCGAUCCUGACGAAGAUAUUUCAGACCGUGUGAGAUCACGGAGAAGCGAUCUCAAGCAGGGUAGGAGGGAAGGAGAAAAGGGUGGUAGCAGGCGAGCGAGUCUAGUAGGCAUGAUCAGAGAUAAGCUGCUGAUCUAUGAUGAAACUCUCAUCAAAGCAAGGGAAGUAAACGCCUUUCAAAGGCCAACAAAUCGUGACUAUACUAGUGUGCGCACUUGGUUUUGGGGUGAAAGUCCACUCAACAAUCAAAUUGAGUGGGAAUUUGUCAAGAAGCGCGAGGACUUGAUAUCUCUACGGCGUACACGUGAAUGGUCCAAGUUUGACGGUGCCGUCGAGAAUUGCAUUCGGUUUAUGCACCGCCGGCUGCACUUCACAUUUCUCCAGAAAAUCUUUGCGACACAAGAACUGCGAGACAAAACCAUUGGUAGCGACGGCAGUAUCUAUUACUACUCACACGAGAGGAUUGAAAAGUUGGUUGGUGUUCUCAUCACAACGAUCAUCUUCGUUCUGCUCGUUUUACCUAUUGUCGCGAUGUACAAACUGACAUCAGCUGGAGAGAGUACCUCCACUUUUGAUGCUGUUGGUGUACUCGUAGUGUUUACGUUGUUGUUCUCGGCCGCCCUGUCUCUUUUGACUAAGGCUCAGCGGCACGAACUUUUUGCAGCCUCGGCAGCGUAUGCAGCAGUGCUGGUGGUUUUCAUCAGCAACUUCAACAACGAUGCUAUUAGCAUCGGUGUCGGAUCUAACGGAGGCCGAGGUGGCUGA